AAAAUAAAGCAAACAAAGGACAUUUCCACACACACAUCACAUAAACGGUUAUAUCCUUUUCUCAAUUGAAAGGCAUACUUUAUCUUUUAUAGAUAUAUAUAUAUAUAGAAAUCUAUAUGCAUAUAUAGCCGAAUAAAGGAAAAUCGUGAUAAAAAAACAGGAUGGUUUCGAGCCUCGUCCAACCGGAUGGAAUUAGCAAUCAUGACGUUCUUAUUCUAACAUUUAUUGUGGUGGUGGUCUCUUACAUUGCCAGCGCGUAUUGGGAACAGCGCCUUUCGAAAGCGCUUUUUUUCCCCAAUGAAAUAGCCAUUAAAAAGGAAAUAUUGGAGUUGGAAAAACAGGCCGCGGUGCUUAACACCACCGACACGUGGAAUGAAUCUGCCCGUGUAGAGCGCAAACUCAUCAUACUCCGAAAGAAGCUCUCCGAGGAGGUCUCCCAGCGCCAUCCCAACCUUCUGGGCCUGAUGUCGUUAUUUUCCUUAAUAGGGAAACCUUCACAGCGGCGAACACUCGCCGAGGCCGAUUCGGCUAACGACAAACCCUCAAAAGUUAGGGGAAGAUGGCUAGGCAAGGCGCUUUUCGGAUGGAUUUCACCUCCUACACGACGGCAUCUGCACAAUAUGCUUCCGGGAAUUAUCACGUACGUCAUUCGGUAUGGACCGGUCGGGGGGUUGGGCUUACUGUGGUGGGGUCGACCUCAGGUUGGACAGCUCCCGAGGUGUUUGGCGAUGAGCGCAUUCAUGCAGGUAGUCUGCCUACCGGCUGUGAUGUUGGACUUUUUAAAACAGGGUCCCCGUUUUAUGAGCUCGGGUCAAUAUCACUCAUCCAUUAAAAUGGUACCGACGGCUAAUGCAACAAUUGAUUCCAUUUAUGAAAAACCUGUCUCUUUUGGCAUUUUUAUAUGGAUUCUGAUGUGCUUUUGUACGUUAAAGUUUACCCUUCGUGUGUUUGGUUGAAAUGGGACCCUCUUUCUUCAUAGAGGAAGGAAUCAUCGAUAUCAAAUUUGAUCUUUUCGACUUACGUUUCUCUUCGAUGAGAGUAAGUUGAGAUUGCGUUAGCACCGACAUAUAGGUGACUUUUUGUACAAUGAUAGUUUGAUAGCAUCAUCAUUCUUCAAUUUCCUAUAUUUUUAUGUAGGAAAUCCAUAUAAA